CACCUGGCCUGCAUCUAUAAUUUGAUUUAACCUUACAACUUUAUUAAUUGAAUAUUAUGAUCACCAAUUUAUAGAUGAGGAAACGGAGACUCCAAGGGUUUAAUUACUUGCCCAAGAGUGUACAGCUAUCUACCAACAAAACUGGGACUGAGGCCAGCUCUCUUGCCAUUACAUCCCCACUGCCUCCUAAAGCACAACUCUAGUUCAUACUAAAUGUAUUACCUAGGCUGAUUCAUUUAUCUUUACACAGGUCUCACGCAUUACGAGAAGGGGGCCACAAUUUUAACUCAAUUCAAAAAUGUUAACAUCAAAAUUUCCAAAAUGUACUUGGUUUAUAAUAUAAUCAUAAAAUAAGUAAUCUGACCAAUUGAGUAUCCCAACUCGAAAACCAAAAAAUGCUUUCUACUCUCAAACCAUGCAGAAGGAAGCUGAGUUCCCCACUGGCCAAUGCUGUCUAAUUCUCUUAAAUGAUUCAGAUGUAAAAGAGGAAAUGGCAUCUGUCUAAUUAACACUGCCUGUUUAAAUAUAGCUGCCAAGGGACAGCCUUGGGACAGUGUUUACAGAAUAGUCUUUCCAGCCCCUCGGGCCUCAAGUUACAGAUGAUAGCAAGCCUUCCCUCCUUAUCAGCUGCAAACAGAGAUGCCCCCAAAAGUGGUGUCAGGCCAGGAUGAUGAAAGGAGAAGGGAAAGGCUGCGGCUGGCCUUCAUUUCCUGCUCCUGGCAUCUAGGGAUUCCAAGAAUGAUCCCAGGACCCAGAUCCUAUAGAUUCCGGCUCUUCCUGCAAACACAAACCCUUGUUGUGUGCCUGAGCCUUGCUCUCCGGCCUGGAGACAUCCAUCUGCCCACUCUCCUAGGAACUGCUGAUUACCAGGAAGCACCAUGGGCUCUGCUGCCCUCCCCCUGGCAGAGAGGCACAAUGACCACAUUAUUUCUCUUCCAGCUUCACGUUACAGCAUGGAAGCUGUCGCCAAGUUUGAUUUCACUGCCUCAGAUUUUGAGUAACCAAGAGGAGUGGUUUAAGGCGGAGCUUGGGAGCCAGGAAGGAUAUGUGCCCAAGAAUUUCAUAGACAUCCAGUUUCCCGAAUGGUUUCACGAAGGCCUCUCUCGACACCAGGCAGAGAACUUACUCAUGGGCAAGGAGGUUGGUUUCUUCAUCAUCCGGGCCAGCCAGAGCUCCCCAGGGGACUUCUCCAUCUCUGUCAGGCAUGAGGAUGACGUUCAACACUUCAAGGUCAUGCGAGACAACAAGGGUAAUUACUUUCUGUGGACUGAGAAGUUUCCAUCCCUAAACAAGCUGGUGGACUACUACAGGACAAAUUCCAUCUCCAGACAGAAGCAGAUCUUCCUUAGAGACAGAACCCGAGAAGACCAGGGUCACCGGGGCAACAGCCUGGACCGGAGGUCCCAGGGAGGCCCACACCUCAGUGGGGCUGUGGGAGAAGAAAUCCGGCCUUCGAUGAACCGGAAGCUGUCGGAUCACCACCCAGCCCUUCCCCUGCAGCAGCACCAGCACCAGCUACAGCCUCCGCAGUACGCCCCAGCGCCCCAGCAGCUGCAGCAGCCCCCACAGCAGCGGUAUCUGCAGCACCACCAUUUCCACCAGGAACGCCGAGGAGGCAGCCUUGACAUAAACGAUGGGCACUGUGGCACCAGCCUGGGCAGUGAAAUGAAUGCGGCCCUUAUGCAUCGGAGACACACAGACCCAGUGCAGCUCCAGGCAGCAGGGCGAGUGCGGUGGGCCCGGGCGCUGUACGACUUUGAGGCCCUGGAGGAUGACGAGCUGGGUUUCCACAGCGGGGAGGUGGUGGAGGUCCUGGAUAGCUCCAACCCAUCCUGGUGGACCGGCCGCCUGCACAACAAGCUGGGCCUCUUCCCUGCCAACUACGUGGCACCCAUGACCCGAUGAACCCUUCAGGGGACAGAAGCUUUUUGUCUGGAGCUGCCCACAAGGAAGGGGGCAAGGAAAAAAGGCUGGACUCCAUGACUAUAUAUACAUACAUCUAUCUGCGUCUGCCUGUGUACACACAACACUUUAUACUAGUAAUUUAUUGGCAAUUGGGCUGGUAAUUAGUUGAUGCAAAAGGGAACUCAGGUGGAGAAGAAUAUUCACACUUGCUUUUCUGCUCCCCACAGGGGUGUGUGGAAGGCACUGGGGGAGUUGGGAGGGGGGCAGGGAGAUGAAAUGGAGCUUUGUCCUGGCCUUCAGCUGUCACUGCUUCCUCCUUGUCUUGGGAAUUUUCACGGAGAACAGCUAAGCAGAGACUGCACCUCGGCAUUGGACACAGAACAACAGGGUGGGGUUGAACAUGGUGGGGCACGUUCUAGCUGACCUGCAAGCCCCGCUCACCUGGAAGGCUUGCAGGGUAGCUCUCCUCCUGUUCUUCAAGGGGUGGGCACUGCUGCAUUGGGAAUUAAGGUGCAGCUCAGUGCCACGGGCAGCCAAGCCAGUCUGAGCAGGGAUGUGGAGGCAGGACGGGGUUGGAGAGACUCUGCCUGUGCGAGGCUGGCCUCCUAGUCAACACCUAGCUGAGACAUCCAUCUCUGUUCAAAUUAAUAUUCCUUGGGUCUUUCAAAUGAAUGUUCCAAUGUGAGGAGCCAAGUCCUGAGAAAUUGAGGGAUUUUCCACGAUCCCCAAGCAGCUUACUCAGUGUAACCUCUACUUCCCCAGCUAUGGAGGAAAUAGCAUCCUAGAUUCCAUAAAGUGCUUGGAGAAGCUCUGGCUGAGAA